AAAGGUAUGCACAACUCGCAAAGCUUUACCAAUCAAAAGCAUCGAUCAUCAUCACAGUUUAUCUGUGACAGAGAGAGGCAUAGAAUUCAAACAUAAAAGCAACUAAAAUGGCUAUGAAACAACGAUCUGGAGGGAUUUCGGCCACCCUUCCAGGACAAUCUGUCCGUUCAGUAUAUGAGAAUUUCCAGCCAAUUUCUGAAAGGAAGGAAGAUGAAGGAUCUACAAUUUUGCUUGUUCAUCUUCCUGGCUUUGUGAAAGAGCGAAUAAAAAUCAUAUAUCUGAACAACGCUCGUAUGGUAAGGGUUCAUGGAGAACGACCACUUGGAGAUAACAAAUGGAGCCGUUUCAAUGAAACUUUUCCGGUUCCAGAGAAUUGUGACGUAGAUCAAAUUCAUGGCAAGUUUUACCAAGGAAUACUAACCAUUACAAUGCCCAAGCAGGUCAUAGCAAAAGCUGGUCCUAGUAAAGAACAAGCUAAAGCAACUCAAAAAGCUCCACACCCUCCAAAAUCUAGUGCUGAGACAGAGCCUCAAAAGGUCCAAGAAGUUAUUCCUCCUAAACCUACUUCAUCUACGUGGGAUGAAAAGCAAAGGGAAAACAAAGCUUCCAUUAAGCCAAAGGUGCAAAAGGGUGUGGAAGAUGUUCCUCCAAAAGCAACUUCAACUGCCAUAGACUCAAAAAAGAGGGAAGUGAAGAUUGGUCAAUCUGAGAGCCCUGAGAAGGCACAGAAGGGUCAGGAUGUAACUCCUCCAAAAGCUACUUCAUCCUCAGAUACCAAAAGGCAAAUGAAGGAAAAGAAUGUGGAGUUAAGAGAUUAUAAAAUUGUUGAAAAAAAGAACUUUGAAUGGAAUGGAGCAAAAGAGAAUGAGAAAGGUGUAGAAAAGAAUAUGGUCAUCAAGGGAAAGGAAAGUGGUGAGACAAGUGCAAAGUUAGAGAUGGGUGAAAGCAGUACUGCCUCAAAAGUUUCAGUGCUGGAAAAGGAAAAGAAAAGGAAAGAGAUAUAUGGUGGUGGUAAUAAAGAUGAGCCUGAGUCUAAUGGAGUUUAUCAUGAUGCUGAGGAAGAGGGAUUCAAGGGUGUAGCAGUUUCUGCUAUGAAGAGAGUGAAGAAUCUAACCAAAAGGAUCAAUGAAGAUGAGAGGCAGAUGCUGGUAAAUAUGGGUGCAGCAGUUCUUGUGAUUUUUGCACUUGGAGCUUAUGCCUCCUACAGCUAUUUCUCCUCUGGAAGAGCCAAAAACUAGUUCUUAUAGUACUUUCCUGUGCUAACAUAAGUUCCAAUUUGUAAAAAUAAACUGCCUAUGAAUCCCAUUGUGUAAUAUUUGGCAAGCAUCAACUCUUAUAUUGCAAAACAUACUGAUUACAUGUUACAAGUUUGUAGUGCUCUAUGUUUGUAAUUUGAAA